AUGGACUCUUCCCCCCACAGACAGCCCGGUGUUGGGCCUGCCGAUUCGGCCACCACUUCAGUCAGGACUUCCAUCUCCAGCCGCCUUGACAGCGAUGAUGAUUACGACCUCAGCGCCAUGAUGAUUGCCGACGGCUUCAGGCCCUCCGAUUCCCUACCGAUGUCGACACAACCCCCCUCAACUUCGCUGGCCCGCGAUCCGAACCAGCCUCUUCAUCUUGCUUCAUCCGCCUCGUCUGUCUCCACACAUGCACCCGAAGCAUCUUUCGCCCCGCCAUCCGCUCGACCGUCGAGCAUUGCAAAACCUCCUCGAACUCACGACCCCUUGGCUCUACGUCACGAUGGCGCUCUAGGACAUCUCAAUGCCGCACGCCUAUCCAGGACUCCCAGUAGCUCGACGGCUAUUCCCUCCGAGUACUCUGAAAGCACAAUCAAUGGCUCCUCGGGCUCCUCAACUGCUCACCAUGCUUAUCCGCAACGCACCUUCAGCGUUGCCACUUCAUCAACCAUGCCCAUAUCAGAAAGAUCAUAUGCUGGACCCCAACGCCCCACGCAUCCCUACGGCCUCUACACACAAACGACCGCGCCUGUUGACGCCCCGCAUGACUCGGACAUCCCGGUGGGGUUUGGGAGGCCAGACAACUACCGAAGGCGUAUCGGGCCCGACGGCGAGGAAAUUGCCGACAUGAUUGGACCCCUCGGGCAUACCGAGGAGCUUCCGCCGUACAGCAGAUAUCCGGACGAGGCAUAUGCGAGGAAAACUACGGGGAGCAACGAGCAGGAAACGGAUGCCGAUGCGACACCUCAACAACCAGUAUCGAAUCCGCCCAUCCCCGGAGCAGGAGGCAUCGGGCUGGCGACACGGAACCCCGAGUUCGAAUCAAGGGAUGAUCUUGACACACCACAAUCGAGGCUUUCUACACGGAGUGUCACAUCUGAUUCUGUCAGCCAACACGAGAUCAACACAGCCGCCCAGACCUUCAACGAGAAGGAUGACCACCGCUGGCAGAAGAGAGCGAAGAAACGCAUGUGGGGCGUUGUGCCGUACUGGGCUGUCUGCCUCGUAGCAGUCGCGCUUCUUGUCAUGGGCAUUAUUCUUGGUGCGGUAAUAGGCACUCUUUUCGCGAAAGAGGAUUCCAAUAAGCCAGACUACACCCUUCAGCUAACCCUCUCCAACGGUUCCAGUAUCUCUGGCUUGUACAAUUGGGGCACUCAACCACCGACGAUUGAUGAUCCCAUAAUCAUGAGACUUGUCAAGGAUAACGACGCACCAGAACUGGGCCCCGCCUGGUUUGCUCAAGUUGCCUACAACAAGACUGUGAUCAUUGCGGAAGACAGGUUUCCUAAUGUUGGGUCCAUGUCAAGCAAGAACACAGUCAAGCGGAACUGGGGCUUGGAACCCCCCACGGACCUUAAGGGCAAGGGCGUCAUUGGUACCAAUGCCGGGGACAGGCCAUGGAUUUGCACAUGGCCCGGAACUCUGCUCGAGGUCUUCAUUUAUCCUUCUGAGAACAACAGUUUCAGCGGCUCACCUAGUCCGUCUACUUCGAGCGACGCCACAACAUCAACAGCACCCACGUCAUCUACUAACGAGCAACCAGCCGCUGCGCCAUAUGGGCCUCCGACAACCACUACGAGAACGCCGAAACCGCCGGCGCCACCCUACCCCAAAAUUAUGAAGAUUGAAGAAAGUCGUAUUUCCGAUGACGACACCCGUGCUGCUGUCUGUCAACAGGUUGAGAUAUGCGAUGACGGGUUUACCUCCGUGCCUGUGAUUGGCGUCGAUGGAGAUCCAAUCCAGGUCAUCAUUGUCGAGAACCAGCGGCUCGUCGCAUACCACUUUGAGGAAUCGAAGCGUUCGGUCAGAGACAACUCUCUGAGGCCAAGAAACAGUCAGCCUUAUAGUCAGUUGAGCGAGUGUGGGUGCAUGUGGUGGUUUACUUGAAAACGGUUGAGCAGCGAACGGCGAUGGAAGAUUUCAUGUGUUGAAUGUAUCAAACAUUGGGCGACAGGAGAUAUUAGUAUCCUGAAGUGGGAGCUGGCGUUCUGGUUUCUUGGAGUUAUGGCAUUUCUUGUUUUGCCUGGGUUAUACCCCAUCAGCAGCCUGAUUCUACGAGUCGAGCCUACUUUUACAAGCGUCGAGACGAUGCAAGGCCGGGUACGAAUGAUAUGUACCAGUAGGCUUGGAGGAUGGCCACACAAAUGAACAUAGGCCGCAUGGUCUGCAAUGGUUAUAUCUGUCUUUAUUUUGCCUUUCCUAUCCGGGACAUAUAGAGCAUUUUAUCGAUUACAGCGGCGGGGGUCUUUCAGGCUACAGACGUCACCUACGCACGCAUAGAUAGAUCAAAUGACCAUGAGCUUAUUUAGUUCAGGUCGUGAAUAUGCAUC